AUGCCGGCCAUGGUGGAGAAGGGCCCCGAGGUCUCAGGGAAGCGGCGAGGGAGGAACACGGCGGCCGCCGCCGCCUCGGCCGCUGCCUCGGCCGCCUCGGCCGCCGCCUCAGCCGCCGCCUCAGCCGGCACCGCCUCCGCCUCGGCCGCCGCCGCCGCCUCGGCCGCCGCCGCCCCCAAUAAUGGCCAGAAUAAAAGUUUGGCGGCGGCGGCUCCCAACGGGAACAGCGGCAGCAACUCCUGGGAGGAAGGCAGCUCGGGCUCGUCCAGCGACGAGGAGCACGGUGGCGGCGGCAUGCGGGUGGGACCCCAGUACCAGGCGGCGGUGCCCGACUUCGACCCCGCCAAACUGGCAAGGCGCAGUCAAGAACGAGACAAUCUUGGCAUGUUGGUCUGGUCACCUAAUCAGAAUCUUUCAGAAGCAAAACUGGACGAGUACAUCGCUAUCGCCAAAGAGAAGCAUGGGUACAACAUGGAGCAGGCUCUUGGGAUGCUCUUUUGGCAUAAGCAUAAUAUUGAAAAAUCAUUGGCCGAUUUGCCCAACUUCACCCCCUUUCCAGAUGAGUGGACUGUAGAAGAUAAAGUCUUAUUUGAACAAGCCUUUAGUUUUCAUGGAAAAACUUUUCACAGAAUCCAGCAAAUGCUUCCUGAUAAAUCCAUAGCAAGCCUGGUGAAGUUUUACUACUCUUGGAAGAAAACAAGAACUAAAACCAGCGUGAUGGAUCGUCAUGCUCGGAAACAGAAACGGGAGAGAGAAGAGAGUGAGGAUGAACUGGAAGAAACAAAUGGAAGUAACCCCAUUGACAUUGAGAUUGAUCCAAACAAGGACAGCAAAAAGGAGGUGCCCCCUACUGAGACAGUUCCUCAGGUCAAAAAAGAAAAGCAUAGUACACAAGCUAAAAACAGAGCAAAAAGGAAACCUCCAAAAGGAAUGUUUCUUUCCCAAGAAGAUGUGGAGGCUGUGUCUGCUAAUGCUACUGCUGCAACCACGGUGCUGAGACAGCUGGACAUGGAGCUGGUCUCCAUCAAACGACAGAUUCAGAACAUUAAACAAACGAAUAGUGCUCUUAAAGAAAAGCUUGAUGGUGGAAUAGAGCCUUACCGACUUCCAGAGGUCAUUCAGAAAUGCAACGCACGAUGGACUACGGAAGAGCAGCUUCUCGCCGUACAAGCCAUCAGGAAAUAUGGGCGAGAUUUUCAGGCAAUCUCAGAUGUGAUUGGGAACAAGUCAGUCGUUCAGGUGAAAAACUUUUUUGUAAAUUAUCGGCGCCGCUUCAACAUAGAUGAAGUUUUACAAGAAUGGGAAGCGGAACAUGGUAAAGACGAGACCAAUGGGCCCAGUAACCAGAAACCUGUCAAGUCCCCUGACAGCUCCAUCAAGAUCCCUGAGGAAGAAGAUGAGGCUGCUUCUGUCCUUGACGUAAGAUAUGCAUCUGCCUCAUGAAAACUGCUGGUAGCUUUGGACACUUGGUAUGGACGACAUGUUAUCCAGAUAUCAGGUAUUACAAGACAUCACCUAGCCAUCUGCAUCACAUCUCUGUGGACAAGCAGCUAUUACCAAAAAAGGCAUACACUUGCAGUCCUGUGCUCCAUCUGCCUUAAUUCUUUGCUCGUUCCUCCAUGUUGGCACGACUUCCCAGAGAGCUCCGUUGCAUCUCAUUCUGCCUAAGGGCUGGGGGACCCACGGCCUGCACACCUCCCUCGAGUCUGGGACCUACCCUCCAGUUGGCUCCCCUGAGCCCCUUCAGUGGCAGCUCUCCCAUUCAACAGCUUCAGAACAGGUAGUCUUGAAAGGCCCAGCUCUGUUCCUGCAUGGCCUGCAGUUUCUACUUUGUGCAUAGUGUAAUUCUCAGAAGGCCCUGAGGGCCUUUGAGAAAAUUUCUCCCCUUCUUUUCUGGGGCAGCCACCUAAGUAAUAUCAUGCUUCUUUGGAAAUCACAGCCCAUUGGCAGACCACAUUGUAACCUUUAUCAUACCAAGCUUCCUGAUUCAACUCCUGUUUCCCUAAACAGAGGGCAGAAUUAUGGUUUAUAAAUCAGGUGGCUCCUCCUCCUCUUUCUCUCUCCCCUAACUCUUUCCCUUUUUUCCCUUUCCAAGAGGUAAAAGCUCAUUUGCAGCAACUGUCCUUGGACAUUGUAGCUUAAUGGGAACGUGGACCUCAAUGCUUUCUGCCUCCAACCUUCAGCAUUGUUAUCCCAGGAUGUGGGUGCACCCCAUCUCUUCCUGAUUCCUCAGCUACCACUAUCAUCACCCAACUCCGAGAGAUUUGGUUCAUAUCACUGUACCUGGUGCUUGUACAUUUGGAAUUGGUGCCUUCUCCUUCUGGCAACCAUGUUAUCAAUCGCUUUUCUGUUCAAGUGUCUUAUUUAAAGUUUAUUGCUUGCCAAAGAUGACAUCUUUGAGGUGUAGCAGAUGGGGAGAGCUUCUGCAGAUUUGACUUGAAAUGUCAGGGCAGUUUAGUAGAGGACAUUAGGGGAGCUAGGGAUGGUUUUCUAGAUGCUACACACCAUUAGCUCUCAUCCUCUUGGUGUGCCUGGCCAUUGUAUGUCACUCCAUGUGUCCCUUUGUGUCAUUGUGUACUGGUGUGAUCACACAUACACCAUCCCCUCUCUCUCUUAGCAGCAGAUAGGACAGAAAAGUGAUGGAUGUGUUGCUUAGUGAGACCAAGAUGAAAGGAAACAAUCUGCAGAGUGGUAUGCAAUGCCAUCUGUUUAGACUGGGAACAAGCAAAGAUUUCUAAUAAAUGUUCUGAGACUUCCAGAA